UGGAGAGCCUGCAGGAAGAUCUGGAAGUGUCCGUGGAGCAGCUUGAAAAGGAAUGUUUGAAAGUUCAACAGUUGGAACAGCAGUCUGCAGAGAUGAGAGAGACCAGUGCCAGACUUGAGGUGACCUAUCAAGACUCUGAGGUUGAGAGACAGAAGGUCAUUGGCAAAAAUGAGAAGUUAGCAGAUGAAGUCAAGAUAUUACAAGACAGCCUAGAGUCUGAGAAGUUGAAGUCAGCUGAAGCCCUGAAAGAGCUAGAGCACAAGGUUGAGAUGUUAGAAAAGUCAAGAGAGGAUUUGCUUGCAGAGGUGACGGAGGCCGGAUUCAAAGUUGAGAGCCAGGUUGAGGACUUGGAGAUCACAAACAAGCAGAUUGAAGAGUCUAAUACAAAGAUAGGACAACUCCAGCAGCAGAUAACUGAGGGGCAGGAGAGAGAGGCAGCACAUGGCAUCAUCGUCAUUCAACUUGAAUCUGAGAAACAGAAGCUUGCCGGAGAGAAUGACAACCUGCAAGAUACCUUAAGUGAACUGAAUUCAAAGCUUCAUUCGAAUACGGAAAGUUCUGACGUUUUAGUCAGUCAGCUUCAUACAAAGGUUGAAGUAUUGGAGCAGGUGAAGACUGAUUUGGAAACUGAGGUCAAAGAUGUGAAGUUCAAGUUGGAGAGCUUGCAAGAAGAUAUGGAAGUUUCCAUUGAGCAGCUAGAGAAGGCAGGUUUGAAGAUAGACCAGUUGGAACAGCUGUGUGCUGGGUUGAGAGAGACCAGUGACAGGCUUGAUGUCAUGAAUCAGGAGUUGGAGGCUGAGAAACAGAAGGUUGUUGGCGGAAAUGAGAAGUUUGCGGAUGAAAAUAAGAUAUUACAAGAUAGCCUGGAGUCUGAGAAGUUGAAGUCAGCUGAAGCCCUGAAAGAGCUAGAACACAAGGUUGAGAUGUUAGAAAAGUCAAGAGAAGAGUUGCUUGCAGAAGUGAAGGAGGCCGGUUUCAAAGUUGAGGGUCAGGUUGAGGACUUGGAGAUCACCAACAAGCAGAUUGAAGAGUUGAAUACAAAGACAGAACAACUCCAGCAGCAGAUCACACAGGGUCAAAAGAAGGAGGCUAUGCAUCAAGUCACUGUCACUCAACUUGAGUCUGAGCUGAAGACGCUUGCAAGUGAAAACCAUGCGCUGAAAUCUGAAUUGGAAAUAACAUCAUCGAAGUUGUUUGUUGAGAAGGACAGUUUCGAAUCACUUGAUACCAAGUUCAAGGAUCGCAUGGACAUCUUCGAGAAGGAGAAAGCUGUCCUGUUGCAUGAUAUGAAUGAAGCUGCAUCUGCUUUAGAUAAGAGAUGCAAAGAACUUGAAGAAGCUAAUAAUAAGGUUUCUGACUUUGAGGGGAAAAUCUCAAGCGUCGAGCAGACGUUACAGUCGUACAGAGAGAUGGAGGAAAUGUUUGAGCACAAGGUGCCUGAACUUGAGAAGGAGAAAUUAGCCUUGGAGGCUGAGAAAGAAUGCCUUCAAGAUGAGUUGAAGGAAGUCCAAGGUAAAUUAGAUCAGGAGUUUGACAAGUCUGGCAAUGUUUCCAAGGAGCUUCAUGCCAGGGUUGAUGGUCUGAUUAAGGAGAAGGAAGAGCUUCAGCAAGAAAUUGUUGAAUUGUCCAGCAAAUUGGACAGAUCUUGUCAACUAGUAGCAGACGUCUCUGAUGAGAAGAAGAAAUUGGUUGCAGAACUUGAUUUGAAAGAGCAGCAGAUAUUGGACAUGACAACAAGGAUUGAGAAAUUUGAACAGGAGUUGACAGAGGCAAGUUCAGUCAAGCAGAACAUUGUUGGGGAUUAUGAAACGCUGUAUAAAACAAAAGAAGAGUUGCGAGAAGCAAAUGAGAAGUUGCAGACUUGCCUUGAUAAUUUGAGUGGUGAAGUGAACCAAGCCAAAGAAGAGAUGGUGCGUUUGGUUGAGCAGAAGAAUGGAUGGGUCGAGGAGCGUGCCAACCUCGGUGAGAAAAUCGAGGAGCUGGAGGUGACUAAUCAACAACUCGUUCAUCAGGAACAACAGCUUCUUAUAACCAGAGACAGUCUAAGUGAACAGUUAGAGGCCCUGAAAGGGGACGGAGAGGCCCAGAUGGGUGAAGUUCAGACUGAGCUUGUUGAUGCUCAGAAAAAACUAGGAGAAGCUGUUGUUAAGCAAACAGAGCUUGAGACGUCAUUAGAUGAAAUCACGGCCAGCUUAGAGGCUUCUGAGAACAACGUGAAGAAGAUGACAACCCAGUUAGUUGAGCGGGAUAACCAGAUCUGCACCCUUACUCAGCUGAAUGAGGACUUGGACAAGAGGAUUGGAGAGUUGGUUAUGGAGAUUGAUGAGACGCAGGGAGUUCUGAGUAGCAGUCAGAAGUCAAAGGUUGAUGAAUUGAUGGAAAAGGAUAGGGCAGUUGCCGAAGUCGAGGAAAGGGCUAGAUGUCUUAGCGAUGAGGUCUUGAACAAGACGAAUGAGAUUGCAUCACUGGAGAGGAGAGUCACAGACUUGGAGGAAGACAUACAGAAUAUGACCAACAGUAAUAUGCAGAAGAUGGCAGUGGUUGAUGAAGAGAGAUCCUCCCUUAGGGAAGAAGCAGACAAUAUGAGAUGUUUUUUAAAUGAAAAAGAUCAUGAGAUCAAUAGUUUACGAUCUGAGUUGAGUGCUGAAAGGGAGCUUAUGGAAGAAAUGAGGGAGAUGGUGAAGAAGAUCGAGGCUAGUUUGGAGGAGGCCAGGAAUGGGAAGGAGCUGCUCACAAGUGAGAUGAAUAACCUGAAAGAAUUCAUCCAUGAAAAGAACUUGUUGAUUGAGACUUUGGAGGCAUCGAUUGAGGAGAUGACUGACUCACUGAAUCAGCUUGAGAAACUGAAAGAGGAGUUGAGUGAAAGUUUGAAAUCUACUGAAGAGGAGAAUAAAACUAUCAAAAAUGAGCUUUGUAAUCUGAAUCAGAUGUUGCUGUCGAAGGAACGAGAGGAAGUUGAUUCUGAUGACCAGAAAGAUCUGAUUAUAACGAAACUGCAAGGAGAGCUCGAUGGAGCAGAAAAGAAAAUGGCACGUUUGGAAGAUGAGAAAAACCGUCUACGCUCUGACCUGGAUGAUUUAAAGAAUGCUUUAGAAGAGAUGAAAGCCGAGAAAGUGAGGUUGGCUGAGAUGAUUGAUGAGGGCGUCUGUGAAGUGAAAGGAUUAGAAACUGAAUUGGAACAGAAGAUUGUAGCAUUUUCUGAUCUUGAAGCUGGCAAGCAGGUGUUAGUUGAGGAGGUUUCCAGCAUUAAGGAAUCCUUGCUGGAGAGAAACAAGGAGUUGCAAGAUCGAGAAGCAGAUAUUGCUUCACUGAAGCUAGCACAGGAAACGCUGCAAGGGGAACUGGACACAACUUUGGAAAAAUUGGGAGCUAUGACGUCAGAGAGAGCUUACCUUUCCAAAGAAGUUGAAGAACUCAUGGAUAAGAUUUCUGAUCUGGAGCGGGAAAAAGCAGAUGUUCAGUUGCAGCUUGAGGAGCAGGCUUCAAAAACACGAGAACAAAUGGAUGAAAUACAGGCUCUGCAGACAGUCCAAGAUACUUUGCAGAAAACAGAGGUGGAGAAAGGUUCAUUUGAACAUGAAUUGGAUAGCCUGAAUUUCUCGUUGCAGAAAGCGGAGGAAGAAAUCAGAACACUUCAUGACAUUGUGAAGUCACGAGAUGAUCGUGUCAGUGAAUUGGGUGAGGAGUGCUCCCAACUUGAGACAUUGAAUGAUGACGCACAGAAGAAGUAUGCCCAGUCCAUGGAUGAUCUGAAAGCUAUUGAGGGAGCAAAAGAAUCUCUUGCCGACCAACUGGAAGCCCUUGAGAUGGAGAAAGAGGAACUCCUUAGGAAGCUUUGGCAAGCUGAAUCUGCCAGAGAUGCAUCAAAUGAGAAGUUACAAGCUGCAGAAUCCGGUAUCAAGCAGUUAGAGUUAGAGACAACUACCCUAGGGGGACAUCUUGACUCAACCCAGAGUCAGUUGUUGGCUUCACAGCUUUUCUCACAGGACACGAAGGCAGAGCUGGAAAAGAUUGAGGAAGACUGCAAGAGUUUGAAAGAUAUGAUCAGUCGAUUUGAACAUGAGAAGCAACAGUUGACAGAGGCUGAGGCCAGGCUUCUGAAAGAGAAUGAAGCUCUGAAGGAUGAGUUAGGGCUGUUGUCAAGUAGCAAGUCGGAGACUGAGAAAGAAGUUGAACAAAGUUUGGAGGAGUUGAAGGAAAAGAUGGAUCUGCUCCAGGAUGAGAAUAAGAGGGAAAAAGAAGAGAAAAAAGAAUUGCAUGAAAUGCUUAGACAGGUUGAAGAAGAGAAGUCUGAAUUGACGAGUCGAAUAAAUGAAGCUGAGAUGACUUUGAGGAGCCAAAGAGAUGAUGUGGAAUGUGCAGGAGAGACUGCAGAUAUCUUGAAGAAUGAGCUUUCCAAGAGGACGGAGGAAGCUGAGCUCCUCUCAAGGGAAAAGACGGCCAUCCAGGAGACACUGGAUCAGAAGGUUGUCUUUGUCGAAGAGUUGGAGGCACGGCUGCAAGAUCUAUUCUCAAGUCAGUCUGAUAUCAUGACUGAAAAGGACAAACUAUCGGACGAAUUGAAGCAAGCUCAGAGAAGCAUUGAGAGUAUGGAAUCACGAGUUUCUGAUAGUGAAGAACUCUUGGAUGUCAAGAGUGAAGAAUAUAAGGUGCUAGAAGCAACAUUGCUUGAGAUCAAGGAAGAGAAAAAUACCAUAGAAGCUGAGGCUGAUUCAUUGAAAGGAAAACUAAAUGAGCUGUCAAACCAAGAGGACCAGUCAAGAGAUGAAAUGGAGAAGUUAUUAGAUCAGUUGAUUGAAAAGGAACAGGGUUUGAAGGAGUUGGCGGCCGAGGUGCAAGACUUGAAGUGUGUGAAUGAGCAGAUGGAAGUGGAAAAAAAGGACUUUAGUGAGAAAGUGACAGAGUUGGAAAAGACUUUGGAGAAGAUUAAAGAUGAGAAGGACACGAUAACGGGGGAAAAGACAAAGCUUCAGCAGGAGAGAGAUGUGCUCCAACAGGAUGUGUCAUUGAUACAUUCAGAGUUCAACAGCGUGAAACAGUGCUGCGAGCAACUGCAAAAAUGCAUUGAGGAUUUCGAGUGUGAGAAGAAAGUACUCAAGGACAAGAUUGCUGAGAAUGAAGAUUUGAUCAAUGUCAUCAAUACAGAAGGUAGUCAGUUGCAAGAGCAGAUCUCUGAGAAAGAUCGAGAUAUUUCACAGCUGAGAGAGCAAAUUGAGAAGGUAAACAACGACCUUCAGGCUGCUGGCUUGAAGUUUGAGGGCGUUCAGAUGGAGAAUGAGACACUGAGGAAAGAGGCUGCAACCAUGAAGGAAACAGUGGCAGAGUUGUCGGAAUUACACAGACGAACUGAGAAGAUUGAAGCUGAUCUAACAUCACGGAUUGAAGGGUACGAAUCUCAUAUCAAACAACUUGACGAAGAGAAUGACAAACUGCUAAUGGCCCACAGUGAUAAGAUGAUUGAAUUUGAAGAUGAGAAGUUGGCGUCUCAAGCUCAACUUAGUGAACUGAGGCAGGAGAUUAAGAUCUGGGAGCAGAAGUUUGAGGAUUCAAACCUAGAGAGGCAAGGUAUCGGCAAAACAAAGAAAGAUAUGGAGAAGAAGUUUCGGAAGUUUGAGAAAGAUAUCGAAGCUUUGGAAGCAAGUAAGAGUGCAGUUGAAGACAGGGUGAAGGAACUGGAACAGGAUUUGAAGUAUGCCCAGAUCAAUAACGACCAGUUAGGCAGUCAGGUCGAAUCUCAGGAGAAAGAAAAGAGUGAUCUUCUGAACCAGUUCUCGAGUCUGGAGGAUGAAAAGGCUGUGAUAACUAAUGAGAAACAGGAGGUCAUAGCGGAAUUGAAACAGGCCAAGCAGGAGCUGAAUUUGGAAAAACAGUCGUAUGAUGCCUUGUCUAAAGAGUUGGAGAGGGUGAAGUCCAAGAAGAGUGAGUUAGAUGACCUUUACCUGAUGCUGCAGAUGGACCACAAAUCUCUAGAGACCGACCAUAAUGCCAUGAUGAAGAAGCUUGAGUUGAUGGAGGCUGAGCUGAACAAUCUGCUUCAAGAGAAGGCGUCAUUGAUGAAUGAGAAAGAGGAAUUAAUGAAAGAAGUGGACCAGUCUAAGUUAAAGAUGUCUGCCUUAGAAAAAAGUCGGAAGUCGCUCCAGGAAGACAAGGACCAUUUGACGAGUAAGCUUCACCUGUCGUUGAGCAAUGCCAAGCGGAUGGACAAGGAGAUGGAAGACAUGCAGGCCAAGAUUGAGUCGCUGGAAGAUCAGCUCAAAUCCAAUGUCCUGCAAGAUGCCAAGUCUGUCAAGAAUGAAGUGAAUGAUGAGGAGGAGAAGAAUCUGAAAGAACAGUUGGAGGAGAAGACAAAAGAAUGUACCGAGUAUUUCAAUAACUAUUACGGCAUGAUCAAGAAGUUUGAGAAGGCCAAUGAUCAGAACGAACGUCUCAAACAAAGAGUCAAAUUAUAUGGCACGAUGAUCAAAGACAUGAAAGCAGGGAAACAAGAGGAAGAAUCUGAAACAAUUGAGACAAAAGUUGAGGAAAAACCAGCUCCAGAUGCUGAGGAAAAACCAAAGGCGAAAGUCGAGAAGAGUUCAACACAAAAAGCUGCACUUGCGGUGCCAAGAACGUCGCCCAAACUUGCGUUACGGCGGAAGACUUCCAAAGUUAUGACGGACAAGUCACCCAAACCUGCUGAUUCGUUGUUGCCAUGUCCUAAACCAGUUGCAAGAAAACCUGUGGCAUCUGUUGGUGCUAUUAAACGGCCGCUAGAAGGUACGACCCAGGGUGCGAGUAAAAGAUUGCGGCCUCAGCCUGAUGAGGAUGAGGAUGCCAUACCGGAGGGUCUUCCAGAAGUUGUCUGCAAAGGACUUGCUGACAUUCCAAUCGUUCAACAGAGCCCUGGAAUCUACCGGCGGAGUACUCGUGGUCGGUUAGCUGGUGCACAAAGGACAACACAAAAACAGCCCAUAUUCACUGAGACCAACGACGCAGAAACGUUAGCCAGCAGCCAAGGGUCCCAGAGCUCCCAGUCAUCCCGGGUGACCCGCACCCGUUCAAGAAGCUGUCAGUCGCCCUCACAGCCUCAAGUGAAGAGUGCCAUUCCCUCCAAGAUUCAGGAUGAUAAAGUUCCCGGGAAACCGCUGCAAACUAUCACCAAUAGUCCAAAGAAAGAUCUGGAGCGGCCUGUAACGAGAGGUCGAGGUGUUGGAGCAGCCCAGAGGUGUCUUUCUCUCGCUAAAUCGCCAGAGCAGUCAGAACGCGUGAAACGACGGAAAACCGAAGCCAACCCGAAACCAGGAUCAGAGGAAGGGGAGAACUGUAAAGUGCAAUAACCUGGCAGGGUUUGUGAAUUAACUCACUGAACUGUAUGUGUUGUUAUGUUAGUGAUCUGGUGGACAGUGACACUGUCAGUGUUGAUUGAUUGAAGAGCAUUCACUUUAAAAACGCAUUAAUUGUACAUGUAGUAUUCAAGAAUGGUAGUAUACAUGUAGUUGUAGGAUUUGAGAAAGGGGUUAGCUUCCUGCAUGGAAGUCACUUUGUAUAUAGCUUUUAUUUUAUGGUUUCUGAGUAACUGGUAGAUUUGAGGCGAAUUUAGUGCAGAGUUAGCAAGUGUCAUGAUCGGUUGAAGUAGCCAUCAGGUAACAUUAAAAGAACAGAAUUAUUUAGAGAAAAAUCUGUUAGUGUUUUGAAGGUUGAUCUCAAAUAGGCUCAAAAUUAGCAGAGUAUUAUGCCUACACGUAGCACAAGGUAACACCAUCCCAAGAAUGUUUGUAUUCAAGACUUUCGGUUAAUAAAAACGUGAACUCUAUUACAUGUAUAAACCUGGCCUCAUGUGUCCCAUUUGUGGCACUGCCAUGCAGAUCUUUUUUACAUAUCUAUAGCAAAUAUUAUUUAUUUUCACAUGACACAGUCAUAUGUCUUGUUACUCAUCACUAAUGCUUGAUGUACAUUGAUAUUCAUGGUUUAUGGCCUUUGUAAUAAGAAUGAAUAAGAAUUUCACGA